AUGGCAAUGAAAUGGGCCACAGAAUUCUGUCCAGAAACUCAAUUCAUCUUCAAAUGCGACGAUGAUGUUUUCGUGAAUACGCCCUACAUCUCGCAAUUCAUCCAAAGAGUUGGUCAUUUGGAUAAUUUCAUAACUUGCCGUGUUAUUUCGGACAGUAAAGUGUUUCGUGAUAAAAACUCCAAAUGGUAUGUUACUUCUGAAGAAUAUCCAAAUGAGACUUAUCCUGCCUACUGUUCAGGAUGGGGAAUCCUUCUGACGACUGAUGUGGCUCAGAAGCUCCACAAGGCAGCAGAAACAACUCCCUUCUUUUGGGUGGAUGAUGUUUAUGUGCUGGAGUUUCCCCUCAAUUGCUCGACGAUAAGCGCACGCCGAUCAAUUCGUCGGCCGGAAUGGCAAUUGAGCGCGAGUGUCUGCGUGGACACAAUGGGAAAUGCACUCUCUGGGGCGACCGAAGAAUGGGGCGCCUUCGUAGCACCAGGCACGAAUUGGGAGGGCGUCCAGGUGGCCCAGAGUGCAGCUGGUGCGCCCCGAUCGUCGCGCAUCGGAGCGCCCCCUCGACAGUGGCGUCUCGAGUGCGGUCCCUGA